AAAAACGAGAAAGCUCCUCAUCGAUCGCAGAGCCUCUCACAAUCCCCCCUUAUUAAUCUGAUAUCGAUCCUAAAAUCGAAGAACCAUCCAAAUCCAUACUCUUACCGGUGCUUCUUCCUAAUUCGGAAGGAGCUCUAGAGACAAUGGACGGGUUCGGGUCGAACCAAAGAACAGUAGCCGUUGAUCGAUGGAUGGAGAUCGUUAACGGUAAAGGUUACGGCGUUGAUGGAACAACAACAACACAAACCUACUCAACUCGACCCGUCUCACCGGACUUUCACCAGAGUAUCCCCCCACCGCCUGGUGCAUCCACGACGACGCAUGCGACCGCUGCUCCGUGGAAAUUAUUCGACGCGGAAACAAAGAGGAAGAAGAGAAUCGCAACGUACAAGGCUUACGCUAUGGAAGGCAAAGUUAAAGCCACCGUCAAGAAAGGGUUCCGUUGGAUCAAGAACAGGUAUUCUCAGAUUAUACACGGAUGAUUUCUUUGUAUUUUCCGGCGAAUCAUGCCUUAAGCCUGUCGUCGGCGAUAAUCUCCGGCAACUUUUUUUGUUUUGGUGAGAUUUUCAAAAGAGUGUUUUUUAUAAAGGCAAGACAAUGAUUCAGGUCCAACACGGUGGCCCAAAUUAUGCAUCUUUUAACAUAUUAAUGAAGCCCAUGUACUUUACUAA